AUGCUUGACGGCGAAAUAAUCGGCCAAGGAUCCUCCAGUCUCGUAGUCGUGCGCAACGAGUCUAGGCCUUCAAAGAAAAAAAUCAUCUACGAUCGAAAGUACGUCUAUUCGAUCAAGACGGUUCUCAUUUGGGCCAAGCAGCUAUUUAGUGCUCUAUCAUACUUGCAUCAAGAGCGUAAAAUUGUCCAUCGAGAUGUGAAACCUGCAAACAUCUUUGUGUCAAAAGAUUUUGUUCUGAAACUCGGGGAUUUCGGUUGUGUUCGCCAAUUGGAGGCCACAUCGACGGGCACUCUUGUUGGAACACAACGUUAUAUGAGCCCCCGAACGGUCGACAAAGAAGAGCCAUAUAAAGUCUCAAAAAGAAAUGAUGUGUAUGGUGCUGGACUCGUAUUAUGGGAAAUGGUUGAACGAAGGGUGGUUUUUGAUGAAUAUACGCGUGAUAAAAGUUUUGAUGCGAACAACUUUUACAUUGAUAUUUUCACGAAGAAGUUGACCGCUUUGGAGCCGCCGGAUUGCUUUGAUGAGCUGAAGGAAUUAAUCGGCAUCACCACAAAUUUUGAUCAGAAACAACGUCCAUCUGCCUCGCGUGUGCUCGCUCAACUGAAGGAGAUCAUUGAGGAAAACGACGACUUUCUUGAACAAUACGCAUUUGCGCCGGA